AGAGUCCAUGCACCAGGGCAGAACAAGUUAAGACACACCAGGAUAGAAUGAAGGGAGGAAUAAAAAUAGACAUGUUAGGAGGUUCCUUGUCAGUAGCAAGAGCUUGAGCUUGAGAAAAGGAGAAACUUUAAUUCAAACUAAACACAUUUAACACAGCACAACAUUUGUAUCUUUAAAGAACUCAGUAACACAAUUCUCUGAGAAGUUGUGCAGGUCUGUACAACUUCUCUCUGCAACUCCCACUGCAACAGCCUACUCGAUUUGUGGCUUCUACAGUUUCUGGUCUUAAUUGAAAGAAUGCUGGCACACUUGCUGUCGUUCAGCCGUUCUCUGGUUAGAAGGAAAAAUGUGGACUGUCUGGAGGACUCCAAGUUGUGUCGCUGCCUCUCCACAGUGGAUCUCAUCGCUCUGGGUGUGGGCAGCACUCUGGGUGCUGGGGUCUAUGUCCUAGCUGGGGAAGUCGCCAAAGGCAACUCAGGCCCUAGCAUUGUCGUGUCUUUCCUCAUAGCCGCUCUGGCCUCUGUCAUGGCAGGCUUGUGCUACGCUGAGUUUGGAGCGCGUGUGCCCAAAACUGGUUCUGCAUAUCUGUAUAGCUAUGUGACAGUAGGAGAACUCUUGGCCUUCAUCACCGGAUGGAAUCUCAUUCUCUCAUAUGUCAUAGGAACCUCAAGUGUUGCCAGAGCUUGGAGUGGAACAUUUGAUGAACUAAUAGGGGGCCAUAUUGAGCAAUUCUGCAAAUUACACUUCAGAAUGAGCCUGCCAGGCCUGGCAGAAUACCCUGACUUCUUUGCAGUUUGUCUUAUAUUACUGCUAUCAGGUCUUCUUUCUUUUGGGGUUAAAGAGUCAGCAUGGGUCAACAAAAUCUUUACCACCAUCAACGUGCUCGUGCUUAUGUUUGUCAUUGUCUCUGGCUUCGUCAAAGGAGAUUCUUUUAACUGGAAGAUAUCAGAAGAAUCCCUUAUAAAUGUAACUAUUGUGACAAGAAAUCUGUCAUAUACUGGAAAUGUUACCAGCGAUUAUGGUGCUGGUGGAUUUUUGCCUUACGGCUUUGGCGGAACCUUGGCUGGUGCAGCUACAUGCUUCUAUGCCUUUGUAGGAUUUGAUUGCAUUGCCACUACAGGUGAAGAGGUGAAGAAUCCUCAGAGAGCUAUUCCCAUCGGUAUAGUUGCUUCCCUGCUGAUUUGUUUCUUGGCUUACUUUGGUGUGUCCGCUGCUCUUACCCUCAUGAUGCCGUACUAUCUACUGGAUGAGAAGAGUCCUUUGCCUGUGGCCUUUGACUAUGUUGGUUGGGGUCCUGCUAAAUAUGUUGUGGCAGUGGGAUCCCUGUGUGCACUAUCAACCAGUCUGCUGGGCUCCAUAUUUCCAAUGCCACGUGUAAUCUAUGCUAUGGCAGAGGAUGGGGUGCUUUUCAAAGUGUUAGCCCGAAUCAAUCCUAAGACGAAGACCCCACUUAUUGCCACAAUGGCCUCCGGUGUAGUUGCAGCUAUCAUGGCUUGCCUUUUUGACCUAAAAGCCUUAGUGGAUAUGAUGUCCAUUGGCACUCUGCUGGCAUACUCUUUGGUUGCUGCUUGUGUUCUUAUUCUCAGGUAUCGUCCUGACUCUGUCCUCGAGAGCGCUAAAACUAAUGAAGUCACAGAGUCAGAGCUGACCGAGUCUGAGUCUCAUCUCAAUCGGCUGAAAGAUGGAGGAUUAUCUCUGCACACUCUCUUCAAUCCGUCCCUGCAGCCCACAAAGAGCUCAUCCACCGCUGUUAACGUGGCUGUUGGGGUUAUAGCUAUCGUAGUGUGUGUCAUGAGUGCUCUUACUACACAUUGUGGACGAGCCAUACUUGCUCUGGAGCCCUGGGUCCUGGGAGUGCUGGCAACAUCCUUUCUCAUCUUUUUCAUGUGUAUCGUUUUGGUCUGUAGACAACCGCAAACCAGCAGCAAGGUGUCCUUCAUGGUUCCCUUGCUGCCCUUUCUGCCCAUUCUGAGUAUAUUUGUCAAUGUUUACCUCAUGGUGCAGCUGAGUGGAGACACGUGGAUCCGUUUUUCUGUUUGGAUGUCUUUGGGUUUCCUAAUUUAUUUUGGUUAUGGGAUAUGGCACAGCAGUGAGCACCAGAGGCAGCGUCAGCGCACUGAAAACUUACCAGAGAAGCAGAGGAUGUUUGUAAAGGAUGGUGCUGAGGACAAAUACGUCCAGUCAAAGAAGACCAGUCAGCUUUAAAGAAUAUAUUGCUGUUUAUAGCCUUUAAAACUCUUGCAACAAGCCAUUGUGCUUUACCAACAGAGAGAGCAGCUCAGGCCUGACUUGACACUGCUUUCUCUCCUCAGAUCUUAAGAUUAAUACUGACAUGAACGGUGUGAUUUUCUGUAUGAACAUAAACUGUAUGGAUGAUCAUACAAAUAUUAGAAUAAGAAGUGUUUAACUUGAAAUGAGGACUGACUUUCACAUGUUAACCAACUAACACAAUAGCAGGUACAGUCGUUUGCAAAAGUUUAGGAACCCCUGACAAUUUCCAUGAUUUUCAUUUAUAAAUAUUUGUGUGUUUGGAUCAACAAUUUCAUUUUGAUCUGUCAAAUAAAUGAAGGACACAGUAAUAUUUCAGUAGUGAAAUGAGUUUUUUUGGAUUAACAGAAAAUGUGCAAUAUGCAUCAAAACCAAAUUAGACAUUUGCAUAAAUUUGGGCAUCCCAACAGAAAAAUCACAUCAAUAUUUAAUAGAGACUCCUUUAGCAGAAAUAACAGCCUCUAGAAGCUUCCUAUAGCCUGUAAUGAGUGUCUGGAUUCUGGAUGAAUGUAUUUUGGACCAUUCCUCCUUACAAAACAUCUCCAGUUCAGUUAGGUUUGAUGGUUGCUGAGCAUGGACAGCCCGCUUCAAAUCACCCCACAGAUGUUCAAUGAUAUUCAGGUCUGGGGACCGGGAUGGCCAUUCCAGAACAUUGUACUUGUUCCUCUGCAUAAGCGCCUGAGUAGAUUUUGAGUAAUGUUUUGGCUUUAUUGUCUUGUUGAAAUAUCCAGCCCUGGUUCCUGAUUCCUCAACAUUAUUCUCAAGAAUCUGCUGAUAUUGAGUGGAAUCCAUGCGACCCUCAACUUUAACCAGAUUCCCAGUACCGGCACUGGCCACACAGCCCCACAGCAUGAUGGAACCUCCACCAAAUUCUACUGUGGGUAGCAAGUGUUUUUCUUGGAUUGCUGUGCCACCUGAUGUGUGAUUCUUUUGCCACCAUGCAUAACGCCCCUUGUUAUGACCAAAUAACUCAAUCUUUGUUUCAUCAGUCCACAGCACCUUAUUCCAAAAUGAAGCUGGCUUGUCCAAAUGUGUUUGCACACCUCAAGCGACUAGGUUUGUGGUGUAUGUGCAGAAAAGGCUUCUUUCGCAUCACUCUCCUGUGCAGCUUCACCAUGUGCAGAGUGCGCUGAAUUGUUGAACGAUGCACAGUGACACCAUCUGCAGCAAGUUGAUGUUGUAGGUCUUUGGAGGUGGUCUGUGGGCUGUUUUUGACCGGUCUCACCAUCCUUCGCCUUUGCCCCUCCAAUAAUCUAUGUGGCAUGCCACUUCUGGCCUUAACAAAAACUGUGCCUGGGGUCUUCCUUUUCCUCACUAUGUUCCUCACAGUGGACAUUAACAGCUUAUAUCUCUGUGAUAACUUUUUGUAGCCUUCCCCUAAACCAUAAUGUUGAACAAUCUUUGUUUUCAGGUCAUUUGAGAGUUGUUCUGAGGCCUCCAUGUUGCCACUCUUCAGAGGAGAGUCAAAGAGAACAACAUGAAAUUGGUCACCUUAAAUACCUUUUCUCAUGAUUGGAUGCACCGGUCUAUGAAGUUCAAGGCUUAAUGAGCCACCAAACCAAUUGUGUGUUCCAAUUAAUCAGUGCUAAGUAGUUACAGGUAUUCAAAUCAACAAAAUGGCAAGGGUGCCCAAAUUUAUGCACCUGUCUAAUUUCCUUUUGAUGCAUAUUGCACAUUUUCUGUUAAUCCAAUAAACCUCAUUUCACUACUGAUAUAUUUCUGUGUCCUUCAAUUAUUUGAUAGAUCAAAAUGAAAUUGCUGAUCCAAACACCCAAAUAUUUAUUCAUGGAACUUGUCAGGGGUUCCUAAACUUUUGCAUACGACUGUAAUAAUGAAGGGUAUUUUAGCUGCAUGGAGAAUCAUUGGGUCAAAUAGCAGUGUCAGGUUGGGUCAGAUGUCAGAUUUUAUAUUAUAUUAUUUCCCAUCUUACUGUAACUUAAAUGCAAACAUAGAUUAGUUGCUAUGUGUCUUUUUUCUAUGAUCAGUAUCUCAAUAUUUCUUUGAUAUUAAGAGAAAACAAAAUCCACUUCUACUUCAAAAGACCUAAAAUAGAGCUAUUGUUUUUUAUUUUAGUAUAUCACAGUGAGCUUUAUACUCCAAUACAGAGCUGACUUUUUUAUCAUAUAGAGCUAUAAUAAUGUUCAGAGAUGGCUGGCAUAAAUAAAAAAAAGCCCUCCUGUUUUUAUCUGUAAAAAGGCAUAAGAUAUAGUGUAGACCUUUAUUGUUGGAAUCCACAUUAGUUGGGAUUACACAGAAAAAAAUACACAGAAUGGUGUGAAAACCAACACCGGAGCUGAUUCUUUGUAGCUCAGUAGAUUUGAUUACUAUUUAUUUGCAGUAACAACUUUCCCCCUAAGAUCCUAUGGAGGAGAAACUUAAAGUAGAUAGAACAGGGAUGUCCAAUCGGUCCAAACGGAUCCGGGAAGGAUAUGAGAUAGUAGGUGCAAGUUUUCAUUCCAGCAAAGCAGAAGCCACACUUCUGUCUUCAGUCUAUUAAAAGACUAGAUCAACUUAGUAAACAGGUGGAAACAGGUUUGUCUCCUGCUUGAUUGGAUUGACAACCUGCACCCACACCAGUACUUUGGGGAUAAGAUUGACCAUCCCUGAGAAAGACUGAGCACACAUUAUUAAAGUACGAAUUACACAAAAGGACAGAAGAGAAAACAUGUACAUUUUAUGUUUUUUGAUUUGUUAUAACUUUUUUGUAUCAAAGUGAAGUACAUAACAUACAGUACUUGAAGCACUGACUUUAUGUGUGUGUGUGUGUUUGUGUGUGUGUGUGUGUGUGUGUUUGUGUGCGUGUGUGUGUGUGUGUGUGUGUGUGUGUGUGUGUGUGUGUGUGUGUGUGUGUGU